AUGGCGGCUCGCGCCGAGGGCCCGGGUGUGGUCAGGGGCGACGCGGCGCCGGGACCCUCCAGGUCCGGCGGGCGGGUCGUUGGCGCCCCCCGGGAUUUCCUGAUGCCCGUGCAGGCCCUGGCGGCUUCGCUGAAGGCCAGCGGCACCCCGGAGGUACUGCUGCUGCUCCACACCGAUCAGGUGUCGCCCGGCGUCCUGGGACGUCUGGCUGCCGUGGACAUCGUGAAGCUUCGGCGUGUUGAUGCGAUCCCCCUCCUCAUCUUACAGACGUUCCCGGCUGGGCGAAUUCUGGUUUCACCAAGUUGCGCCUCUGGGAGCAGGAGGACUUCGACAGGCUUGUGUACAUCGACGCCGAUUGUAUCGUCUUGGAGAGUGUCGACGAGCUUUUUGAGCGGCCGAGCCCAUCCUUUUGCCCAGACGUGUUUCCUCCAGAUCGAUUCAACGCAGGCGUGA